AUGGAAGACACAUCGGUAAAGAUCAAGCAGCACCUUCAGAAUCACCGGGCUCUGACCAAAACUUGGCUGGACUAUGUUCCUCCCACUAUACGUCCUUACUUUUAUCUCAUACGAGCUCACAAGCCCGCUGGAACACUUUUACUGUUCUAUCCAUGCGCAUGGUCGGUCACCAUGGCCUGCUACGCGCUCAGGGCGCCGAUCGCGACGGCGUGGACUUAUGUCGGAUUCUUCCUUGUAGCCUCCUCAGUGUUCCGCUCCGCUGGGUGUGUGAUCAAUGACAUGUGGGACAAAAACAUCGACGCUGCUACUUCACGAACACGCACGCGACCCUUGGCCGCGGGUGACCUCACGAGGUUCCAGGCGUUCAUCUUCCUUAUUCCACAGUUGGCCCUUGGCAUCUGGCUGUUCAUGCAGUUGAAUGAAUAUAGGUCUGCCAUCUCACACACCGUUGAUCAUUGUUGUAUCUGUAUCGUUUCUCACACCCUCUUUAGCACGGUUCUCGGACUCUCUUCCCUGGGUGUGGUCGCGAUGUAUCCUGCCAUGAAGCGGGUGACUGACUGGCCACAAGCUGUGCUUGCCCUGUGCUUUAAUUGGGGGGCACUCUUAGGAGCAUCUGCUGUUGCUGGAGCAGUUGACUGGCGUGUAUACAUCCCUCUAUACAUCGGGGGUGCAUGCUGGACAAUCGAGUAUGAUACUGCCUACGCCCGCCAAGAUAGAGAUGAAGACAUCAAAAAUGGCCUUCAUUCGACCACAAUAGUUUUCGGAGACCGGCUCCGACCUAUUCUUAUGAUGUUUUCCCUCGUCGCUUGUGCUUUGGUGGCGUACGCCGGAAUCCUCAACGGACAUGGUUUUCCGUUUUUCGUCGGCGUGGCCCUUGGGGCCCUUCACCUUGUCCGACUCCUCACUAGGAUUGAUUUCGAUAAUAAGGAGAGUUGCAAUGCUAGUCUCCUCAACAACGGUUGGUUUGGCUUCUUGGUGUGGGCGGGGGCUAUGGUCGACUAUAUGAUGAAGAUGCAAUUGGAGAUAGUGUAA